GAAAGCGCGGUACCAACCUAGAUCACGUUGGUGUAGUCGUGCAUCUACGGCAGCGGUUAUUGGGUCAUCGUAUAUUUGCGUUAUUGACGCUUGUAUCGUGCUACCUGUUCGCACAAUACCUAUAGGACGGGGUGUGUUUUCUAAUGGACGUGUAGGCAGAUCGAAAUAUCAACGUGGGUUGCUGCAGGGUGUGGCCGUAUUAUCUAAAACACCUGGACAACUGUUGACCGCGCGGCAAAAAGCGCGUGCAAUGCUAUCGUAGUCUUUGGUACGAUGUUUUAUUGUGUAUCAAUUCGAGUCUCGUUUACUUCCAAUCAUGAAUAAAUCUUCGGUCGGUGACAUUGCCCCUGGCUAGCUGUUAUGGUGGAAACACAGCGAUGCCAUCUGGGUGGAGCGAACUGGCUUUGCAAUGUGGUGGAAUGUGUUCAGCUUCUGACACAAUGGAGAGUUUGAAGGGGAAAUGUGAAAGCCCUCUAUCAUAUCCUAGUUCCAGAAUUAAACAUUUUACAAGAGGUCAAACAGAGGGAACAACUAGGUUUCCAAAACUAGAUGAAUGUGCUCACUUUCAUUACGAAAAUGUGGAUUUGGGAUCAAUCAAAGUUACAAUAUGGGACGAGAAAUCUGAAGCUUCCAAACUUGCAGUUCUUCCUUCUACAAAUGGCACCAGCAAACAGUCGAAAGGACUUUGGUUUACUGUAUUCGUAACGAGCGUAUCUAAAACAUGGUCGGUACGGAGAUCGUACGAAAAUUUUCAAAUGUUAGAUCGUCAACUUCAUCACUGCGUUUACGACAGAAAAUACAGUCAGUUGACAGAGUUGCCAUCAGAAGAUUCCUUCGACGAGAUCGAAUGUAAAGAAGAAUAUGUGCGGACAUUACUUGCAGAGUAUUUGGAAAGAUUUUCUCAACUUGCUGGUAACCUCAUUAAUUGUGGUCCUGUUCUUAAUUGGCUUGAGCUUGACAAUAGAGGGAAUCGAUUGAUUGUUGCUGAUGAAGCUGCUAUAAAUACACCAGCUGUUGCUGCAGCUUAUGUUGUUAAAAGAUAUUCUGCACAGGCAAAUGAUGAAAUAUCAUUUGAAGUAGGCGAUAUGGUAUCUGUUAUAGAUAUGCCACCUCCCGAAGAAUCCACUUGGUGGAGAGGAAAGAAAGGUUUUGAGGUUGGAUUUUUUCCAUGUGAAUGUGUUGAAGUUAUUGGAAAUAAACUACCCCAAACCAUCAAAACUCCAAAAGUCCCUACAAAGCCAGUUCUAAGAAAACAUGGGAAAUUAAUUGCAUUUUUUCGUUCGUUUCUUCUUUCUCGUCCUUCUCGACGUAAAUUAAAACAGACCGGAAUUCUUAAAGAGAGAGUUUUUGGUUGUGACUUAGGAGAACAUUUAAUGAAUACAGGACGUGAUAUUCCACUUGUUUUAAAAUGUUGUACAGAAUUUAUAGAAGAGCAUGGAAUUCUUGAUGGAAUUUACAGGCUUUCUGGAGUAACGUCAAACAUUCAAAAAUUACGAUUGGCAUUCGACGAGGACAAAAUACCUGAUCUAACAGAUGAAGCAAUUUUACAAGAUAUUCAUUGCAUGGCUUCUUUGUUAAAAAUGUAUUUUCGUGAAUUACCAAAUCCUCUUUUAACUUACCAAUUAUAUGAUAAAUUUGUUGCAGCUGUUCAAUCUGAUGAUGAUCUUAGAUUAUUAAAACUAAGAGAUGUAAUUCAACAACUUCCUCCUCCUCACUAUCGAACUUGUGAAUUCUUAAUGAAGCAUCUUGCAAAAGUCGCUGCUUAUGGAAAUAAAACUGGAAUGACUCCAAAAAAUGUAGCUAUUGUCUGGGCUCCUAAUCUUUUAAGGUCUAGAGACGUAGAGGGUGGUGGCGUUGGAGCAUUACAUGUCGUAGGUGUACAAGCAAUUUUAACUGAAUAUUUGAUUAGAUAUGUUGAUUUAAUCUUUAGUGACAGAAUACCAGCUUUCCCGAGUCCUUGUUUAGAAGAUGGAAGUCCAAAAAGAAUACGACCAAAAUCUUUAGCUAUUUCUACUCCAACAAAAUUAUUAUCUUUAGAAGAAGCAAGGUCAAGAGCUCUUUCUGCAAAUCUUCUUCCCAUGCAACAGAAAUAUAUUGACGUUGGUGGCGGACCUCAAAAUCUUCCCGAGAAGUAUCAUACUGUUAUUGAUUUACCUAUCAAUAAACAAGGAACUAACAAAUUAAAGAAAUCACCAUCAGGGUGGAAAUCCUUUUUCUCCCGAGGAUGGUAUUCAAGUAGUACCAGGGGUCGCAAAGAAAUUCAUUCUUCAAACAGAAGCAGAAAAGGACAUAAAAUUAAAAUUUCACCUCAGCAAACACACUUAGCACUUCAGGACAAAGCUGUAACAGAAUCAGAUAUUUCUCAUAUAACAAAAUUAAGAACUGUGAAAAGUGCUGAAUCUCUGAUGUCUUUAGGAGGUGGAAUGUCAUCAUGUAAUUCUGAAAUAUUAAAUUCUUUUAGUCCAAGUGAUGGGAACAAAAUGUUUUCUCCUCAUCAAUUGUCAAAUGAUGAAGCAACUAUGAGUGAAAAUGGACAAUUUUCUCCUUUUAAAUCACCUAGUCAUCUGAAACACAUUCGUUCCAUGUCUCAUGAUUCGUACUUUGAAUCUGGUUUAGGAAUUCCAUUAGAAGAAGAAGAAAUGGAAGAAGAAAGUUCUAUAUUUCAUGUAAAUAGUGUUAGUGAUACAGAAUCUACUAAAAUAAAAUAUAAAAAAUUAAUAAAUGAAAAAGAUGAUGAGAAUAUAAACAUAGAUUUAGAAAAUUUUAAAGUUAUUACUGAUGAUAUUUCCAAAACUGAAACUGAUAUUAUUGAGAAAACAACCGAUGAUACUAUGCUUGAUCUUGAAGUAGAAAAACAGAUUAACAGUUUAAAAGAAAUUCAGAAGCAAAUUGAUGGUAAAAUUAUUGAAUCUGAGUCAAGAAAAAGUUUAAAAAUUGAAACAGAAAUGAAAGAUUCGGAGCUUGCAGAUGAAGAAUUAGAGAGCGAAAAAGAUAAAGAAGAUAAAUCUGAAAAUGAAAGAAUGAAACCUGAAUACCUGGUUAGUCAAACUUCACAGGCAACUUCGACAGUCUCAGUUACUCAGACAUUGCUAAAACAUGUGGGAGAUGGAGUAGUUGCAUACCGCAGCCCAGAAGAUAUUCAGCCAUAUCACUCGCCAUUACGUAUAAAUCAUUCAUCGCAUUAUUGUCGUGAAUCCAACACAGAAGCAUCAAAAAGUUCAGGAGAUCAGUAUGAAGAAACUAUUGUUGUUGAAAUACAUGCUAUACAAGAUUCUUCUGAAGAAGAUAAUGAAAAUAAUAAAGUUAAAGAUGAUGUAAAUUUCCAUGAAAAUGGAGAGUUGAUUGAUCAAGAUAUUCAUUUGAAUAAUGAUGAACAUUCAGAAAAUGGAAAAGAAAAUUCAUCAAGAUGUUCAUUAGAUUUAAGUGAUACACAAGAAUUAUUGUUGAAUAUGUCAAUGGAAGCAACAAUAUCUGAUACCCUCAGUUUAUCACAAUUACAGUCAUACGACUCAGUUAAAUACAGCACGUAUUCAGGAAGUGCAGCACAAAAUAGCAGUAAUUUACAAGUUACUGCAACUGAUAACAUGUUAAAUACACCAGAAUCACCCACAAUGGGCAAUAUUUCGGAUAUGCCAAGCACUGUUGAAAUUUCUACUGACGAAAGCUUUGAUAGGACUAAUAACAGUUCAGAAACUGAUAAAAUAUCAGAUAAUAUUUAUGAAGAUAGUAGCAAUGAGGAAACAAAUGAUGUCGAAAAAUCUGAUAUGAAAGUUUGCGAAGAGACACAAAAUAUGGAAUUGAUUACUUUUAGUUCUGCUGAUCAAAAGGAUGAUAUUGAAGAAAGUGAAAGAUUGUUAAUAGAAACUAUAGAUGAAGAAAAUGAUAAAACUUCAGAAAAUGAAACAGAAAAGGUAACAAUGACAAAAUCCUCUGAAAGUAGGGACUCUGCUGUCACUGAUCAAGUGAUCAGUAAUCUGUUAACACCAGAUGAUGAUCUGAUAGAUUUUAAGGAUCAGAUUGAUGGAAAAAUUGAUAUAACAAAUUUUGACAAAGCUGAUAUUAAUGAUAGUUCUGAAAAUGCAAAAGUAAAUUUGAUAGAUUCAGAAUUAAAACAUGAUAAUUUUCAAAUCUCUUCAUCAGAUGUUAAAACUGAUAUUUUACCAAAAGAAAAGUCUGUUGAAAGUAGUUUGUUUGUUGAUGUUCCACAAGAAAAGCAUUCUGUACAUUUUGAAAUGAAAGAUAACGUAAAUCAUAAAGCGUAUGAAAGGAUCUUGUCUUCAGAAAAUUCUUUUCGUGUGUCUUCUAUUCUCUCAGAUGGAGUAUUUUCUUCAAUUGAUGCAAAUAAAUCACCAUUUUCGCUAAGAAAGCAAUUUGGAUUAGAAAAACUUUCUCCAGUUUCUCCAGUUGAAGAAUCACGUAGAAAAUUUGAAUCUGAGAUUGGGAGAACAAUUGUCAGAGAUCGCAAAAUGAGAUUAGAAAUGGAACAAAUACAGGCAGAACGUCAGAAAAAUUAUUUGAAAAAACAAAUAUUAGUAUCACCGGGAGAAUCCUCUAUUAAUAAUAGGCCACAUUCUAAAUUGAGGCAUCAUAGUUCUGAAGAAAUUCCCUGUAGUAAAUUAGCUGAAAAUAGAAUAUAUGAUGGUUCAGAUGUAUGGCGUUCUACGGGAAGACACGCAGCUCCAUCUUCUGAGAAAGAUCGGAAACGUGGUUCGGAUCCGCAAGAUAUUUUAUCUCGUUUCAGAACGGAACAGAUUUAUUUAGAGCAAAAACGGUCUUCAGAACCAAAAUGCAUUUAUUUUGAAAGGAAGUCUAGUGUUAAGGAAUUGUUAUCAAAAUUUGAACCUAAAUCUACUAAAGAUAAUAGUAAUACUAGUCAUCAGCAAGUGAAACGUGAAUUAUCCGAAAUUUCCAAACCCCAAUUGGACAUUUGUAAUGACUGUAAAAUGGGGACAACUUCAUUACAGAUCUCACUCAUAAAACCACACAACGAAAGUUCUGGAAUGAGAAUUCGUUCUGAAUCUGAACGUCAAGAAGUAUACCAUUCUUUGCCUGAUUUUUCAUUCCAGCCAUCAUCUACAGUUCAACGAUCAAGUUCUUCCACAAGUGUGCCUUCAGUUCUAUCUUCGAAAACAGGUAAACUUUUAUCUAGAUGUUGCUCACAAGAAUCUCAAGUGACCCCCAUUAAAGUCAUAUGUAGUAAAACGACAUUGAAAUCUCCGAUUGCAAUACGACCUCAAAGCCUAAAUUUUGAAAAAUCAAAAACUACAAAAUCACUGAUUUGUGAAUCUCCCGACAUACCAAAUCGAAAUGCAUUUUUAAGUCAUGUAAAUAUUAGUAAUGAAACAGGUAAUUCUUUGUUAAAGAAAUCUGAUGGUUUGCAAGUUUCUACCAAUAUCAGUCAAUGUUCAUAUCAAGAUCACCAUUCGCAUACAUCUGGAAAAGAAUCUUUCCAAUGUACGAAAUUUGAAAACAGAGAAGAAAGAUGCAUUGAGAAAAAAGACCAAUUAAGAUCAUUACAUUCGAAUAUUUUGGAAGGAUUGCAAGAAAAUUCAGAACCUAAUGAAUUAUUAAGCAAUAACAGACAUACGUAUGCCGAACAGAAGGUACCAGUUAACACUAAUUUACCUUCAAAUGUUUACGGUAAAAAGAGUCUAAAUUCAUCAUUAACAUCGGGUACAGCAAGUAAGUUCCCUGUUUCCUCUUUACAUCAAGAAAAUUCAACAGUUUCCUCAAGGACACCUAAAUGCUCUUCUGUGAUAAAUUCUUUGGUGCAAGAAUCUGAGAUUACUACGAAUAUCAAAUGUGAAAAUAGUAAUUUGGAUGUGCCAAAAUCCAAAAAAUAAUGUAUUGUGUGAUGAUACAGUAAUUUAUCCUAGUCAGAAUGUUUGUUCUUCCUGUAUAAGAAAAAAAGAUUAUAUAUAAAAAGAAUAUAUUGGACAGAAGUUAAAAAAAAUUAAGUAUCACAUACACCUGACUGUUAUGUGUUACUAAACUAUUGUGAUGUAAGAAAUAGUUAACACUUAAGCAUCUAACCAAAAGGAUAUUUUAUAAAGAUCCAAAUCCACUAUUUCAAUAUUAAAAUACUCAUUUCGCUCGGUUCGAGUUAAUCUCCCAUUUUUAAAUAUUUCCACAAAGAAAUUUUAGCUAAAGGACAAAUAAUUGCUAACUUCGAAGAAACUAGAAUUAUCAAAGCCUAGAUUACUUUGCAACUAUGAAAAUAUCCAGUACUUUAACAGCAUUCACCAAAAAAAAAAAGUACAGCAAAGCGUAAUAGGAUUAACUCGAUUCGAGUGCAAGGACAACAGAUGCCAGUUCAUCUGCCAUUAAAUUAAUUA